UUCGAAGAUGAAAUUGAUUCAGCUCUGGAUGGCACAAGGCUAUAUUCCGUUAGAUGAUCAUUUAAGUAUGGAAGAUGUAGCUGAGGAAUAUUUUUCGAUCUUGUUGCAGCGGUGUUUCUUCCAGGACGUGAAGAAAGAUGAAUAUGGUAGUAUUGAAUCAUGUAAAAUACACGAUCUGAUGCAUGAUGUUGCUCAAAAAGUCGUAGGGAAGGAGAUUUGUGCAAAUAGAGACGUGGAUAAAAACGUUCGCCAUCUAUCUGUUUCUAACAAUGAAUCUACAAGAUUAUCUUCUACGAAGACCCACAUACGUUCAUAUCUUUGUUUUUACAUGAAGAUGGAUGAGCUUUCUGUUGGUGUAUUACUGGCUAAUUGGAAGUAUCUAAGGGCUUUGGACUUGCAAUGUUUACAAAUAAAGAGUUUGCCGAGCUCUAUAGGUGAACUGCUACAUCUAAGGUAUAUAGACCUCUCAUACAACCAUAAUCUAGAACUGCUCCCAAGAUCAAUUACCAAACUGCAUAAUCUUCAGACAUUGCUUUUAUUCAUGUGUACUGAUUUGAAAGAGUUGCCUAAAGAUUUGUGUAAAUUGGUUAAUCUGAGGGUCUUGGAUUUAAGUUGUUGUUAUGAGCUGAGUUAUAUGCCAAGGGACAUUGGUAAGUUGACUCGUCUUCACACGCUUAAUGGAUUUGUGGUGGGAGAUACGAGAUCAAACAGGAAGGAGUUGUUUUCUGGGCUUGAAGACCUGAAAGCUCUAAGUAACUUGAAAGGUUAUCUUAAAAUCAAUAUUCCCUUUAUGAACACGAGCAUAAAUGCUGGCAAGAAAAAUGUUGAAAGAGAGGGAGGCUGCUUGGCGAACAAGGAAAAUCUGAAACAUGUGAAGUUUCAUUUCAGUAGCACGGAGGGUAAGGGAAGAGAGGAGUAUGAUGAAGCAAUAAUGGGAGAGUUGCAGCCAAACCCUAAUGUCAAGAGGUUUGAGGUGCAUGAUUAUCAUGGUGUGAGAAUGCCACGCUGGCCAAUGGAAGAUAACUUGGCAACCUUUCUCCCUAAUCUUGUUCAUGUUGAAUUUAGGGGUUGUCCAAAUUUGCAGUAUUCAGGACAAUUACUUUUUCCUCUAUUGAAAAAACUAGAGGUGAGAAUGUGCCCAAAACUAAUAGUUAUUCUGCAGUGUCCUGCAUUGGAAGUCCUUACUUUGCUUGAUUUCAAUAAAAGAUUGAAGAUAAUAGGAAUGAGGAGGAUAAAUGGUAAAGAAUCGGGGAAUGAGAAAGAGAAAUUAUUUGGAGAGGCAAAUCCUAGUGGUAUUUCCUCAUCUUCGUCUUCUUCUUCAUUUUCUUAUGAUGGUCUCCCAUUAAUGGAGGUUACGAUAGACCACGUGGCAUGGCUUCAUUCUCUGCCGAUGGACACUUUUUUGGGUGUUGCGAAGCUGUUCAUAGAGAGUGACAAUGAGGUGGAGAGUUUGGGAGAAGCUAGUGAGGUGUUCCGUAGCUGUUCCUCUUCCUUGAUAUCCUUGAAAAUUAAAUAUUGCUUCAAAUUGAGGAGUGUUGUGUUUGGAGGAUUAGAGCAUCUCACUGCGUUAGAGGAUUUAGAAAUUACUCUCUGCAAUAAUCUGAGUCUAUCAGAAAAAGUAGAGAGAGGGGAUGAGAUUUGCAUGCCAUGGAAAUCCUAUCUCCGCUCCUUGAAGUCGGUAUAUCUGUUCAAUUGGAUACAAUACUUGACUUCCCUCGAAACCCUUGAGAUUUGGGAUUGCGAAAGACUGGAAUCUGUGCCGAAUUGGAUGUCCAAACUCACUUCCCUCAAGGAACUUCAACUCCUGGACUGCUCAGAACGCCUCAUGGAUAGAUGCCAACAAUCCACUGGUGAGGACUGGUCUCACAUUCAACACAUACCUGAAUUUGAUUGCAGGCCAAUAGACAGAAAUGCAUUCUUCUGGUAAUAAUUGUUAUACUCCUCUAAUAAGUGUCAAUUGAAUGGCUUCACAUUUGCCUGCGAGCUAGGUUUAGGUAUUUCGUUAUACUUAUCAAGUCAUCUUCCUGGAUAUCAAGAAUGAUUUGCAACAGAGGACUUUGUGAUUACCCACAACAGCAGUUAUUUCUAAUGACUGCUGUAACAUUUUCUAGAGAAUCUGGCAAAAUUCUGAUUCAUCACAUAUGGUAGAUUGACAUUGGUGUGUAACAAAGCGAAGAUUAGAACUACCAUACCAUACCAUACCAUACCUUAAUUGAUACUUCAUGUGCAAUUUAUUCAACUGCGGAUGCUGAUUUAUUGUCUCUGCAAAAUAUGAACAAGAACAUGUACAUAUAUAUGUAUGCAGGGGAAAUAGCAGGGCAAGUCUGCCUUGGCAAAAACAGAUACUUUUUCAUGCAUCAAAAUCUUUCUGCCAAAGGAGGCUCGCCCUGCAAUUCCUAACCCUGCACCACUCGAACGAGGUUUGAUUAAUUUGACUCGAGUCUCCACAUCCAUGCAUGCUCGAGUUUCCACAUAAUUAACUAAGAGACUUAAAAAGCAUUAUUUAUAACCGGAUAAGAAAACUCGUGCUUUUGGAUAUGCUCAAGGAACAAUUCCCAGGUACUGAUAUACUCACUGUUCACUGAAUACUACUCAGUACUCACUAUAUUUCUUACUAAUUUAUCUUGAUUGAUCUAGUAUUAUCUAUAUCUUGAUUAUGCACUGAAAUUAAUUAGAAUCUUUUAUCAUAUGUCGACAAUAAUUUAGCAAAUCUGAUAUCAAACACUUUUUUUUUUUUUUUUUUUUUCUUUUUAAUAUAUAUGUUUUUGAUACUCAUAAUCUUUCAUAUUAUUCCUGACUUUAGGCAUCAAUUAAUCUUGUUUAAUUACACCAAAUCUCUGCCUUGUGCUUAAGGUGGCAAAUAUUGGAAGAGCCUUUUUGACCCUUAGUUUAUUGAAUGGCCGAAAAGAUUAGUUGCCCAAGCCUAAAACUAUGUUAACCUCGUUUGAUUAGUUGCCUAAUCAGGUAUAUAACCUUUUGCUUUUGGCUACUCAAUAUUUAGAAGCAUUUUCUUGCGCUGAAAUUUUCUUCUGUUGUUAUGCUGUUAGCUAGACUUCCUGUUUAGGUUGGCUGUUAUGGUUUUGUAAACGUAGUUAUCCUAUGAGAUAGCUAGUUGUUAUAACGGAUGCAAAGAAAGAUUAAAUAACGUAAUAAAGAACGCAGAGAUUUAACGUGGUUCACUAACAAUGUGUUAGCUACGUCCACAAGCAGAGGGGAGCAAAGAUUUCUUGAUAUUGAGGAGUACAUAUUACAGAAUACAACUAGAUUAUGGACUAGAGAGUUUAUAUACUACUCUGUAGACAGAUGCGGAAAAGCCCAGAAACUAGGCCAAAAACAGAUAACUCUAGUCCAGAAUAACAGAUACCGUAAAGCAGCGAGAUCUCCAUGGUGGUGCGUUGCAGUAAGUGGCUUGACCAAUUCAAAACAUUAUUCUAACACUAGUGUAAUGUCAUAUGAUAUGAGAUAGAAGUUUAUAUGACUUAAAAAAUCUACGGAAGGGUAGGAAAUCUAAAUUAGAUAUAAAUAGAGGCUUAUGCGGUAUGGCCAUGAAUGAUAUUUCGUAUGAGUGCAUUGAUUCUUGCAAUAUGUAGGCCACUACUAUACUUUCUUUUAAGAUGAUUUGCAAGAUUGUUUUGGUACAUUAUCACAUAAUGUGAUGCAGUUGUCACCUGUGUUUUGUAAUUCUGUGAGAGUUUCGUGAAUCACGAGAAGCGUCAGUUGAUGACUAUUGAGUAUUGACCAACAAGUAUCAUCUGCAGAAAUGUCACGAGCAUGUAAAAGUUAAAAUGGCUUCUUUUGAAUUUUACUCGACCAAAAACUGUAGAGAAAUUAUGAUGAACCACGUUAAAUCUCUGCGUUCUUUAUUACGUUAUCUGAUAUUUCGUAUCAGUGCAUUGAUUCUUGCAAUAUGCAGGCCACUACUACACUUUCUUUUAAGAUGAUUUGCAAGAUUGUUUUGGUACAUUAUCAUUUAUCACAUAAUGUGAUGUGUUUUGUAAUUCUGUGAGAGUUUCAUGAAUCACGAGAAGCGUCAGUUGAUGAUUAUUGACCAACAAGUAUCAUCUGCAGAAAUGUCACGAGCAUGUAAAAGUUAAAAUGGCUUCUUUUGAUUUUUACACGACCAAAAACUGUACCCAAUAAAAAUUUAUAGAUAGGCAAAAGUUACCCGACCAAAAACUGUACCCCUUGUGAUAUUUAAUCCAAUCUUUUCGUAUUCUGAUUUUCCCCAGACCCCAAUUUACCAAUUAUGUUUCCAGUUAAACAAACUUCUUCAAAUUAUCAUGAACCCAGUUCAAUUGUUAAACUUUGAUUAUCAUAACCAGAAGA